AUGAUGGAAAGGAGGGAUGGCGAAGAAAACGUGAUGAACUGUUCUCAUCAAUUUCGAUUUGGGGUCGUUGAGCACGACACUAAGAUGACUCAAUUGAAAUCUGGCUACAUAUCUUUCCAGCGAGGAAGUCGUGUGGGAACCACGAAUGUCUCGAACAAUACAUCCCAAAAUGCGAUUUCAACGCCACUUUGUCGGAAGUUUAUAGGAGAUCCAAUGGAUCGGUAUUUGGCUCGUAUUGGCCUAGUUAAGAAGAUGAUGCCUAAUGACAAAGGGAGUAGUGUUUUCAGAGCGGUUUGUGAAUCGUUGAGUAUGGACCAGAGCGAAUACCUCGAUCUCAAACAAAUUGUAGAAGAAGAACUACUUUUGCGUUAUCGCUUACAACGCCUCCGUACUGGUCUUCCUGCUGUGAAUAGACUUGAAGACACACUAGAGACGAUCACUCGUCUCCUCAGAAUUGAUAUCCACGUGUACCGCAAUGUCGGAGAACAACCCCAAAUCUACCGUUGCCCAAAACGCUCAAAAAAGCGACCAGAUAAGGUUAUGCUGUGUGAGACUGCACGAGGGCAUUAUGACAUGGUGUAUCCACUAAAGGAUCAUGUCCAUCUCGCAUACGCACAAACUAUCAUUUACAACUUCCUCUACGUGCAUACAUUUGGAUUUUCACCAGCGACAAUCAAGGAAUCUAUUGAUCGGGUUCGAGCUGAUAUGGACGCUAUCGGGACGGAUAUCAAAACUCCUUCGCCAUUUGCAGCUCUAAGUUCCAUGGAGCAAUGUUUCUCAUUUAGAACUUGCGACAUCGAAGGCAAGCAAUUUUUACCUAUUUGGCGUCCUCCUAUUCCCUAUUCUGCUGUGAAGGCUUUGGAUCCUUCCGUUUAUCGCAAUGUCGCAUACGAUGUGUUUUCGAAGGACCGGAGGCGAGCAUUGGAGAGGAUUGGUUUAUCACUCUUACAGCAAGAGUUUCAUCAAGGAACCCGUUGCUACUUGAUGGAAGAAGAGUCACUUCAAGAAGCAAUUGUGUUGGCUAGUUUGGAUCGAAAUUCGCGUUUGAUUGCAGUGGGCGGGAAGGAGAAAAAAGUAAAAAUCACGGACUUAGUUCCUUACUCGCAGCCAGUGCCGGUUGGCUCGUACCACAAUUCCUCUACUUUUUCUGAACGUGGUCGUGAUACGAAGGAAUCGGUCGCCGCGGAGUCAGGAGUAGAAAGCUCUGCAGUCGUGCCUUCUCCUACGUACGCGACUACGAGUACGUGCAGUAUUAUUCCUUUUUUUGAGUACAAUUUCUGUGAGAGCCUUACGCUACAGUACGGUCAGUACGCUGUUCCGAUUGAGUAUAUGCCACAAUAUUGGGAGAGUGUUAGUGGAAACGACACUUACGAGCUCUAUACAAACUAUGCGUCUACGCUUCAAAUUAAUGCUCAACACGAUUCUAAAUCAAGUUUGUUUCUUUGGACUACUAAAUCGCAACCACUUUCUUAUUUCCAGCACCUGAGCAGGUACUACGGUUUGCAAAGCGCUCCUGUCCAAAUUUCUGAAUCUGUUUAUGGGUUUGCUGACGGUGGUAAUCACGAUUGA